UUCAAUACGUUCGCUAAGAUGGCGGAUCAGAGGCAGCCUUUGUGUGCGGCACCUGCUUAUAAGCGUCCCCGUCUGGAAAAUGACUGCAAUGUGCUUGGAUUGAGUAUGCCAAACGGCGUAGCAGAUGUGCCGGAGGGAUUUAACGGUACUCUUUGCAAGAUCCAGGCCCCAAAUGACGUAACGGCGUCUAGUGAUCCCAACUCGGAGAUGUGCAACGGGGAUUCGGGCUUUCACGAACUGGCAUCGACGAACGGCACGGAUCUCAUGAGCUCUGACGGAUCUCCGGUUGAACACGGAGGCAUGUCAGUGGGCGUCGAGAAUUCAGGACCCAUAUUCCUGGGCACCCUGACGUCUUCCGAGGAGCCGAAGGAAGAGGAACCCAAAGACACGGAUGAAGUUGCCUCAACCAUCAGCAACCUUUCUGGGCUGAGCGACUCCUCGGACACCGAUUGGAAGUCCACCAGUGAAGGUCCCAUGGGUUGGGUGCAACGGCAGAUGAGCACAGGAGCAGACCCUCGGGUUCUGCUGCAGCACCUACUGCCUGGUGCUGUGGUGCCGGCCAACAUGGACCAGCUCACCCUGUGGAAGGUGCUUGUGAGUGUCAUCAGAGAGGAAGAGCCUCCGCGGCGCACCAAGCUGCCCCACAUUAACACCAUCGAGGACGUUGUUGGCCUGCUGAAGCGUUGCCGCAAGGUGGUGGUGCUCACUGGAGCUGGGGUGUCGGUGUCGUGCGGCAUACCCGACUUCCGUUCCCGCAACGGCAUCUACGCCCGACUCAGCAAGGACUUUCCGGCGCUGCCCGAUCCGCAGGCCAUGUUCGACAUCCACUACUUCCGCAAGGACCCUAGACCCUUCUUCAAGUUUGCCAAGGAAAUCUAUCCGGGCCAGUUCACGCCGUCACCCAGUCAUCGAUUCAUCAAGCUGCUGGAGGACAACGGGCAACUGCUUCGAAACUACACCCAGAACAUCGACACGUUGGAGCAGACGUGCGGGAUUCAAAAUGUCAUCACCUGCCAUGGGUCUUUCGCAACUGCGUCUUGCACCAGGUGUAGACAUAAAGUGGAUUCGGAAACUAUUAAGGAUGACAUAUUCUCACAGAGGAUACCGGCGUGUCCGAUGUGCCCCCAAGAUUGUCCCGAGAUGGCAGUCAUGAAGCCAGACAUUGUGUUCUUUGGUGAGGGCCUCUCCGAAGAGUUCCACCAGAGCUUGGCUCGGGACAAAUCUGAGUGUGACCUCCUCAUCGUGAUGGGAUCCUCUCUCAAAGUGCGGCCUGUGGCACUUAUACCAAGUUCUGUUCCGCCGGACAUACCGCAGAUACUGAUCAACCGUGAGCCGUUGAAGCACGUCACCUUUGACGUGGAGCUUCUCGGUGAUUGCGAUGUCAUCAUCAGAGAACUUUGCAAUCGCUUAGGAUGGAACCUGCUCGGCGAAGAGGCAACACAGCCCCUCGUGGAGCUGUCGGGCAUGCCGCUGCGACUACCCACGCCGGAGCCGGACGGAGUGUCCAACAUGGACACACUGGACUCUGAAGGGAGUGGGCAGAGGUCAACCCUCACAUCCCCUUCUUUAGACCCCAGUGAGCAGAGGUCAGAAAAACAAAAGGACGGACUGUGGAAACCCCGGGCAAGCAUCGCGUCACGGCUACCAGUCGGUCACUACCUGUACACCACGCCUUCGACCUACGUCUUUUCCGGGGCCGAGGUGUACUCCGACGACUCUGACAGCGCGUCGGAAGAGUCGGACACGGAUUCCCUGCGAUCCUCCCUGUCGGACGAAGAGGAGGAGGUCGACGUUCCGGAAGACGCGGCGGCCCCGAACGCCCCCGGGGACUCUCCCCCUUUCUCUCAGGGGAACACGAUGGAUUGUGAGGUGGGUGCGUCGGAGGAGGCCACGGCCGUCAAGGACGAAGCCCGCAGCAAGUGUAGCUCGGAAGAGACUCUACGACCUGUCAGCUGUUCCUGAGUUUAGGGUGUUCUGCGCCGUAUUUAUUAUACUUUUUCCUAUUACUUUUUUUUUUUUUUUAAGUGACUCUCUACCACCACCCCUCUCCUCCCAUCUCGCGAGCCGUACGUGGGGCACCUUUUUUUUUUUAAACCAUUGUCAACGAAAAAAAAAAAAAACUUGGCGAACGUAUGCAAGGUGCAGCACAUCUCGGCUCGCGCACCUCACCCAGCUGUACAUAAUGGUGCGAUCCAAAUUUGUCCUUUCAUUUGUGGCGGCGGACGGAGUUUUUACGGUGUAAAUAGCGAACGCAACGGGGUGAAGGCAGACAACCCUGUGCGCUCGAGCGACGCUUUCUUUUCCAGCCAUCGGGCGAGCUACUUAUCAUUGUUGUGCCGGUGGUUUUCUUUUUUUUUUUUUUUUUUGUAAGCUUAGGAUCUCUGGGUGCCAUCAUCAUAUUCUCUCCUUGUCUCUCUCUCUCUCUAUCUCUCUUCUGUACAUAAAGUCGUUUCAUCUCUUUUGUUUUGUGUAUAGCUUUAUUUGAAUGUCGUGGCACUUUUUCUCGUUUCAAAACGUACGCUCUUCACCGAGAGCGCGUAACUCCGCCAAACUCGCAAGACGCGUCGACACGGAAUUUGCUCCAGUGUGGACGUGACACAGUGUUGGUCGAGCAGCAAUAAAAUAAUCCCUGCCGCGGGACCACAUUUUCCUCACCUACCCUUUGCAGACUCAGACUUGCUGUGUCGAACAGGGCUGUGUGCAAUGGCAGCAACCGUCGAGGGGGGGUUAGUCCCCCUUCGUGCUGCAACUACCCGUGAUGGAGGGUGAAGUUUAUGUAUCGUGUAAAUAUAUAUAUAUAUAUAUACAUAUUAUUACCCUAUGAAAUGAUCAAAGGUCAUAACGUUUUGCACUCCAUGAAAGCUAGUGUGUGGUGGUGUAGCAUAUAUCUAAGAAAAAUUGUCUCCCUACCUGUUGAGCCUUCCUGUACAUAGCGUUUCUUCUUUCUUGUUUUUUUUUUUUUUCAACCGACUGCAAGGUGUGUGUCGUGUUGUACAAAGUCUACCCCCCCCAUUUCCUUAUUUAUUAUGAGAGUUCUUGUGAAGAAGGUGUUCAAAGGUAGAAUAGGCUCAGUUGAGUGUCUUUGCUUGUUGUGUACCCUGUGGUUUUAUGUAAAAUACACCGCUGUUAUCUUUCUA